AUGGACGUGCACAGCAUGUUGACGACGAACAAGGAGGCCUGGGAGCUCAAGGAGGAACGGAGGCAGACCCACAGGAUCGUGAACGGCUACGGUGGCGAAAACGCCCUCCGCCGCAUCUUGAAGGCCAUCAUUGAGCAUUUCAGCAAGAUCCUCCUCAAACGUGACCUUGUAUACGACGGGGCAGGCGCACUUCACAUCUCGCCAGGCUCCGCCACAGCCGAGCACCCCAUCCCGGUACAUGGUCCGGCUGUUCCCCUCGAGGUCUACGAGAGCAGGGCACACCCCCCUCGAUUCGUUCUCUACACCUCCGCCAUCCGCGCCUCCCAGAAGUACACGAUGGCGGGACCUCGUCUUGUUGAGGGCAACCAGAGCGGCGGUCCUUGGUUCACCACCCUAACGGGCAGGAACAUGUCGAAGCACUACGCGCAGCGGAAGGCGGGAAUGUUCUGGCUGCACUUCAUCCUCACGCCUCACGAACACGGCGUACCCUUCCCCGCCAAGGUCUCCAUUGCACAAGAGGGUGACGCCUGGCAGCAGCUGCAGGAGCCCUCGCCUCCUCAGACGGUCGCCUUACACAUCUGCAUCAACCCGCUCGACGCGGACAAGAGCAACUUGAUCGCCUGGUUCCGCCUGAAGCUCCUCCUUCCGGCUCACGAUGCUCAGCACUCGCUCUUCAAGAGUAGGUCGUCACGUCGAGGCUUCGAAGUUGACGCGAGACGCAGGAAUGAGGUUGCGCUGUCGGUCUUGUCGUGGUGA